AGUAAUCACUGCUAGAAACGAGCUAGCUAGAUAGCUGCCAAGUAACAGCUACAACGCACAGUGCUGCCAAAAAUAAUGUCCGUCCCGUUCUCUUCUUCUUGAUAAUCUAACCCCAUAAAUUUUACUGCUAGACUACUAAUCUCUCUCUCUCUCUGUCGUUAUUUUUUGAGUUUGGGUUUGUCUGGAGAGAGAGAGAGCUAUGAGAAGAUCGCAUUUCUACUCUACUUUUAUACUAGCUCUGCUACUUUCUGUGGCUUGUACUUUUCAAUUCCAAGCUCAUGCUGCUCCUCCAGCACCUUUGAUUAAGCACUUGUCUUCUCUUCUCAAAUGGACCACCACUGUGGCAUCCUCAAAAACACCCCAUUCAGAUGGGAAUGUUCUUCAGUUUGAGGAUGGAUACUUAGUUGAGACUGUUGUGGAAGGAAAUGCAAUGGGAGUGGUUCCUUACAAAAUACGCGUUUCUGAGGAUGGUGAACUGUAUGCUGUCGAUGAAGUUAAUAGCAACGUUGUUAAAAUCACUCCACCAUUGUCACAAUAUAGUAGGGCAAGAUUGGUGGCUGGGUCAUUUCAGGGUUACACAGGACAUAUUGACGGAAAACCAAAUGAGGCUCGUUUUAAUCAUCCCAGAGGUCUAACCAUGGAUGAUAAAGGGAACAUAUAUGUCGCCGAUACUUUGAAUCUAGCCAUCAGAAAGAUUGGAGAUGCAGGUGUCACAACCAUUGCUGGGGGGAAAUCAAAUGUUGCAGGUUUUCGAGAUGGGCCCAGCGAAGAUGCCAAAUUCUCAAAUGAUUUUGAUGUGGUGUAUCUUCACUCUACCUGUUCUUUGUUAGUUGUCGAUAGAGGAAAUGCUGCUCUUAGGCAAAUCUCGCUUAACCAAGAGGAUUGUGAUUAUCAGUCCAGUUCAUUUACUAUGACAGAUGUGAUUAUGGUUGUUGGUGCCGUCUUGAUUGGAUAUGCUACAUGCAUGCUUCAGCAGGGGUUUGGGUCUUCUUUCUUCUCAAGAAUGAAACAAUCUUCAGAGAGUGAAUUUAAAAAGAAAUCAAGUAAGGAAAAACCCAUUCCUAUUAUGGAGAACAUGAAAGAGGAGCCCAAGUGGCCAUCUUUUGGACAGCUUUUGAUUGAUCUAUCUAAGCUUGCUCUUGAAGCAUUGGUUGGUAUACUCCUCUGUUUUGUUCCUUCUUGGAACAGACCAGGUGAAGCCAGAACAGGCCUCACCCCUUUGAAAGAUUCUCUAACACUGCCUGAAGAUAAAGUUGAGCCUCCAUCAGUUCAGAGUCAGAGUACUCCUGCUCCUGUAUCUGAAAGUCGCCAGGUCCAUACUCCAACUACAAGUGAUAAAUACUUGGAAGGGAAACCACCAAAGAUCAAGUCUGCCAGUUUUAAGGAUCCUUCUUUGUUAAGCAAGCAUUGGUCUUCAAAACGACAAGAAUAUGCAGGAUUCUAUGGUUCAGGUGAGGUUCCGUCUCAUGGUGAAGCCAGAACAGGCCUCACCCCUUUGAAAGAUUCUCUAACACUGCCUGAAGAUAAAGUAGAGCCUCCAUCAGUUCCGAGGCAGAGUACUCCUGCUCCUGUAUCUGAAAGUCGCCAGGGCCAUACUCCAACUACAAGUGAUAGAUACUCGGAAGUGAAACCACCAAAGAUCAAGUCUGCCAGUUUUAAGGAUCCUUCUUUGUUAAGCAAGCAUCGGUCUUCAAAACGACAAGAAUAUGCAGAAUUCUAUGGUUCAGGUGAGGUUCCGUCUCAUGGCAGGUCAAAGAAUCACAAAGAAAAAUCAAGGCAUCGCCAACGAGAUAAAAGUGGUGAAGUCGUUUUCGGAGCAGUAGGGGCUGAGCCAAAACCUGCUGAGAUGAAGCAUGUGGACUACGAAAGUCCAAAAUUUGAGCAUUACAAUAUCAGAAGCAAGUAUGGGCCUGAUAGCUCCUACCGAUUUUGAUAGACUACUACUCUCAGUAUUAUACUGCCUGCCAAAUCCAGCUUAGCUUGUUUUUUUCUCCACCCUUUUUGUACCCUUAUGUCUGUUAUUGAACUAAUAUCUAAUUCAAGUUUAAACUUGUAAGCAAGGGUUUAUCUGUCAGACACGUUCAUAAAGGAGUUCAUGAUAUUUUUUAAACUGGCUGCUGCAACACAAUCCAUCUGCAGAACGGGUGCAAGAACUGAUGAGCAUUCAGGAGUUGAGCUGCUGGUAGUCCAAAAGGGAACUGAUCAUGCAUUCUUGGUUUCUGGAAGCAUAUAUUUGUUCAGAAGAAACUCUCCGUGCGAAGGUUGAGCGUCUUUGUAGACUCAUUUUGCUUUCUUUAUGUAGUCGGCCUUUUAAAUCUACAAAACUUAUUUAGUAUAUGCUUGUACUCUAGAUUAUUUUGAAGUAUCGCAUUUAGAGGGUGGGAUUAGUCUGGCAUUGGCAUCAUGUAACAAUUCAUCAUCAUACAAGGAUAAGCUUAUGAACACUGAAGGUGUAUUUAUUGCUAUGGAUAAUUUUUUCGAAA